AUGUAUCCCUGGCAUGAAAGGCUAAAGUCAUGGGCCCAGGGUACGGGCCUUCGCAUCGAUGCCCUCGGCCUCGUCACGCUGCUCGGCGCGGAGGAAAUGGACCGCAGUAUCGGUCGGCUGAUGUCGAGCGAAUAUUUCGACUAUCUACCAUUACUCGGAGCCUUCGUCGUCGCAGGAAACCGAUUCACAGAAAGAAAGACCGGCUUCACACUUUACAACAUCACGGCGGGGAUCGUGACGCAUGAAUUGGCCGGAUGGGUUUCGCGAUGGAUACAAACACAGGAUCUCCACAAGGUCCGCAGCAAAGUGACCUGGGAGGUUGUCGAUCGGCCUCGCCGGUGGAAAUGGAUCAAAUUCAUCGUUGGCUUUGUCAUGAUCAGUUUACCGCUACACGGUAUACUGAUCGCCUUCACCGUGCUGUCCGCUGACUGGUGGGGCUUUGCGAAUGUUGUCGCGAUGAUUAUCUCGGUGAUUGUGCGAUGUGCACAAGUAUCCGAGAACCAAGCCGGGAUAGACAAGAAUGUCCUGGAUGCAAGGAAAGUAGCUCAAGACAAAAUGUCGGAAUAUGACCAGGCAAUGGCGAAGAUCGAGGAGCGACGUCGAAAGGGAGAGAACAUGGAGGGAAUCAAACUCCCGUCUGAACCUACUGAUUUCGAUAUUGCAAAGGUCAUCGUCGUGACGGAGGAAUCCAAAGUCGUCACGCUUGCUGCGCCUAAUUAUCUUGUCAAAUCGAUCUUCACGGCAUACCCGCGCAUUCCGAAUCGCUUACUUUACCUCUUCUGCCGUAUCAUCGGGUGGAUCGCAUUCGCCGUGCAUGUCAUCAGUAUCGGCAUGGCGGAACUCCCGACGCAAAUCUGUUCGGUCGUCCUCAUAAUCGUUGCCACGGUCCUGACGGGGUACAAUGUUGGUUGUGAGGACUCGAAGCUGUGGUUGAAUAUCCGGAAGAAGAUGGGAUAUAGUCCCUGCGAGGACCAGCCGCUGACUUGUUGGGUUACCUCCAAAUUGAAGGUCACUAUAUCUUCAUAUCCGGAAGAGUGGACGAGGUGGAGCCCACCUCCGAAAGAGCAAGUGCAUCAAAGGAUAGAGGAGGUGCAGGAGAAGGGAUCGAAGCGGUCGUGGGGUAGGAAAAAGACUUCAGUCGAUAUAGAGAGCCCCCCGCCACAUAAUAGUCCAGAGCCGAUUCAGGAACGGCGUCAGGACCUUUAUGUUUGGCUGGACUUGACAAAGGAGCAGGACGACUGCCUUAGUGCAUGGGGGUUGAUCCCUCAUAGCGCGGAAUGGAAAAACGGAUAUCAGGAGAAGAAGAAGAUCCAUCGUCAGAGGACUUUGGCUAUGACAGGCCCGGCGAGGACAUUAUAG